AUUUUUUCCUUCAUCACGGUGCAGAUGCCAUAUUCCCAAACGAGUCAGCGAGAUUCCAGUUAGGAUAAACUAGGACAGGACACCUUAAGCAAGAUGGCGCUUCCCCUGUCGCCAGUUAAAGUGACGCUCCGAUAGUGCAAUGAGUAUUGAAUAUCUCCUAGGGAAUAUAGCGGGAUUCUGGAUAACUCUGUGCAUCCUAUUCCACCAUGUUGCAUUGAGCUACUCUAAAGACAGAGGAAGAGCAUAACUUGACUUGGAGAGUAAGAUUGCCACUGGACGAAUGCCAAGGUAUUUGUACAGUCAGAGACAAAACCGAAAACGAUGUAGUCUAAAUAACGGAAUCACGUCGAUAAAGCAGCGCGAUAAAGCAGCGGUGUUCUAUUUUCUGGCUCAUCAUCACCAAACUGGUUGGAUGACGGAGAAGAAAAGCGUGGGACGGGAGAUGCCAAUCUAUUGUUUUUAAUCAUCCGUCAGUCAAGUGAAUGCCUGCGGUAUCAAAUUCAAAAACAAAUACCGACGGGAAUGUUUGUCAACAUAUGUUUAUUGAUCCGAUGUGAAGGAUGCGCGCACUGCGUCUCAAGGGUGUCAUAGAGAAAUAGCCUAAAAUGCUGCGUUUAAUUUGACUAGCAUACAAUCCUUCGGCUAAAUGUGCUUUAGUCAACAUCUGAUCUAUUUCCAUGUUGUAUUUUGGUAAACCCUGUCUGCUGCGGUCUCAAGCCUGAAGAAGGGGGGAGGAUGUCCGUGGCUCUCUCCGUGACGGUUAUGUCUUCGGCGUUCUUUAAUCCCAGUUUUGCCUUCAGUUCCCAUUUUGACUCAGAUGGCGCUCCACUGAGUGAGCUGUCGUGGCCGUCUUCUCUGGCAGUGGUGGCUGUUUCCUUCUCUGGGCUCUUCACCUUCGUCGUCCUCAUGCUGGCCUGCCUCUGCUGUAAGAAGGGACACAUCGGGUUCAAAGAGUUUGAGAACACAGAGGGAGAGGAGUACCAGGCUGACCUGGUCUCGUCUCAGAAUGGACCUGAAGUUUACAUCCUCCCCCUCACUGAGGUCUCCCUGCCCGUCUCCAAACAGCCCGGACGAUCCAUCCAGCUGUUGAAAUCAUCAGAGCUGGGUCGCCACAGUCUACUAUAUGUGAAGGAGAUAGGACAUGGUUGGUUUGGCAAGGUUCUCUUGGGGCAGGUGAAUGCAGGUCUCAGCACCACCCAGGUGGUGGUCAAGGAGCUGAAGGCCAGUGCCAGUGUCCAGGACCAGAUGCACUUCCUGGAAGAGGCACAGCCAUACCGUGCCCUCCAGAACCCAGCCCUCCUGCAGUGCCUGGCACAGUGCUCAGAGGUUACACCCUACCUACUGGUCAUGGAGUUCUGUCCUCUGGGCGACCUGAAGAGUUACCUGCGCAGCUGUCGGGCGGCUGACUCCGUGACCCCUGAUCCCCUGACCCUCCAGCGAAUGGCGUGCGAGAUUGCCUCGGGCCUGCUGCACCUGCACAAACACAACUUCAUUCACAGUGACCUGGCCUUAAGGAACUGCCUUCUGACCUCAGAGAUGACAGUAAAGAUAGGAGACUAUGGCCUCUCACACAGCAGAUACAAGGAUGACUACUUUGUGACUCCAGACCAGAUCUGGGUGCCGCUGCGUUGGAUCGCCCCAGAGCUCAUAGACGAGGUGCAUGGUAACCUACUAGUGGUGGACCAGACUAAGGACAGCAACGUCUGGUCUCUGGGAGUGACUAUCUGGGAGUUGUUUGAGUUGGGGAACCAGCCGUACAGACACUACACUGACAGACAGGUCCUGACCUACGCUGUGAAGGAACAGCAGCUCAAACUAACCAGGCCCCGGCUCAAAGUACCCCUGGCUGAGCGCUGGUAUGAAGUGAUGCAGUUCUGCUGGCUGCAGCCAGAGCAGAGACCCAACAGUGAAGAGGUACAUCUCCUCCUCACCUACCUGUGUGCCAAGGGGGCCAGUGCAGUCCAGGAGGACUUUGAACAGCGCUGGAACUCCCUGAGACCCAACCUGACUGGCAGCACCACCCACAGCCACACCGGCCCAGCCCCUCCACCACUAGCCCAGACCACUGUCGCUGCCCCAGCCCGACCACCUAUCCCUGGGGACGUGGAGUUGGAGCCGGCCUCCACCUCCCGCAACUCCUUCCCCCUCCUAGAACACUUCUCCCAGGACAGCUUCCACUCCGACAGCGGUGACGACAUCCUGACCGUGACAGAGACCAGCUAUGGUGGGCUCAACUUUGAGUACAAGUGGGAGCAGGCGAGAGCCGAGCAGCCAUACUGUUCCUCAUCCACCAGCGGGCCUCUGGGCCAGGGCAACCCUCACUACCAGGACGUAUACUACCCCGUCGGGAACACCUCCACCUCGGGCAGCUGUAAAGGGGACGGAGGGGAUGGAGGGCUCGCUCUGGGGGUCUCCCCAUCCUACUACGAGUCCGACCACUCCGGGUCGGGGUCAGGGUCGGGGGUAGGGGUGGUGCCGGUGUUGAGCGCUCACAGCCCUUCGGUCGGCAGUGAGUACUACAUCCGUAUUGAGGAGCCGGUGGUGUGUAAUAUCAACCUGGAUGAUAGUGUGGUUGACUACAGCCCCGGGUUGGAGGCUGAGGAUGGCAGCCUCUCCUCAGGGAGCAGAACCCCACAGCCCCAGUCCCAGUCCCAGCCCAGUGCCUACUGGUCAGCAGCAGCAGGCGACAGCAGUGGGGGUAAACACAGUACCUAUGACUCUGACAAUAGCCCGGCCGUGUCCCUGACCAUGGAGCCUCUCUUGAGACAGACAGCCAGUACAGCCAGUCCCGUGGAGCUGGGGCGGUCCCACCAGUACUUCUCACCCAAUCAGAGACAGGCUUUCUACUGUGAACAGUUGCCCAUUCGAGAGACGUGUUGCCAAUCACCAGAGGACACGCCCAUAAUGUCCCAGCAUCAUCUAAUGGGGAGGCUGGAAACCCCUCUGGGGGUGGGGUCCUCCCACUCCCAGUGCCCGAGUAGCCCUAGUCUGGGACACUGUGACCCCUACCUGGAGGCUAGCCAAGGCUUCACCACCACAGCCAGGAGGAAGGUUAGUGAACGCUACUAUGACAUGAUGGCUCCCCUCAGAAAGACUCUACCCAUGGCUAACCAUAUUAGCAUUGACGUGGAGACAGGGGACGGGGGACUUUUGGUGGGGGGCAGGAGGAGAGGAGAAAGUGACACUGGGGACAUCGACGAUGGUGAUCUCUUCUCCGAGAGAGAAGCAACCAACUGGACCUCCAACCACUCGGCCAAUAACAACAGCAUGACUUUUGACCUUAGGCAGACGGGCCAAUCACAGGACAGCUAUCUGGACCUCCAUUACAACAACACCACGACACAGUCCUCUACUGUAACAGGCUCGUGUAACAGUAGCAACAUGUGCCAGCAGCACAGCUCCAGAGCCUUCAGCUAUAUGGAGGCCACAGAGAGAGAGAGCGCUGUCUGCUCUUCCUCUAGCAGACCCAGUGAGGGCAGUAGUGCUACUACAUAUAGUCACCUGUGUCACGGAGCUAGAGAUAAACCUGUGUGUCUCUCAGACCACUCUACUCUAGAUCAUCUAAGAGGUGUUGCUGUUGACUCUCUCUCCAGCUCUUCUGUUGCUGUCAAGUGUGUUAACCUCAAAGGUGGUGUAAAGGACAGCGUCCCCACCACCAAAACUACAACUACGGUGUCUGUAGAGGGACACAGUAAAAACCCAUCUCUGACUACAGGAGAGAUGCAAUUCUCCCAACCCAAGAUGAUCCCAGAACCAGGCUAUAUCCAAUCCCCGUCCACAUACAUGGAGCUUGACACUCGCACAGGCCUCAGCACUAAGGCAGUCCUGACAGAGAAACAGGGGGGUAAUGUUUGGGAGAUACCUUCACAUGUUAAAGACAUUAGAGGUCCAGCGGAGGUGAUGUCUGGUGGUGUGGGGGAGAGGAGGCUGGGGAUGGGGUUGGCCCACCCUGAAGGGGUACUGCUGGAGCCGGUCGGGUCCUUGUUUGAGGCUAGCAGAGGGCUGGACAGUGGGUUGGAGAUGGCCGGUCAUUCCAGCAUCAGCCUAGUGGACAUCAGCAACUGUAGCUACGACGAUGAGGACGAUGACAUAACAGAUAUCACUUUUGGAAUCUUGGCCGACUACUCCCUGGACUAUGCUGACGAGGUCGGAGACGAUCUAAGCCCCGCCCACCACCCCCACGGACGCUCCCUGCAGAACCCAGUGGGAACCCCCGACUCCGUGGACACCCUGAACAUGCUGUCGCUGUCAUUGUCGGUUACCACCACCAGCCCCUGUGAGGCCUUCAGCCUUGAUGACGUCUUUCUCCAUCCCUCCUCCUCCCUCUCCUCCUCUUUCACCUCCUCAUCUCUCCUCCCCAAAUCCCUGGACAGUGGCUACGACACAGAGAACAAUGAAAGCCCAGAGUUCAUCCUAAAGGAGGGAGGUGGGAAUGGGGAGUUCCUAUUGGACUGCGAAGGAAACCAACAACAUCCAGUCCGCGGUGGGGUUAGCCUGGUCCUCGGUGGGAGCCACCCAGUCCGCGGUGGGGUUAGCCUGGGGCCGAGGUCGGACCAGAUGGUCCUUCAGCAGGUGGACCUGGGUGAUGGGGUUGGGGUCUCUCUGUGUACCUCUUCCUCCUCUGGCUGCACUGAGCUGCAGCUAAAGGGACUAAGUGACAAGAAUCCGUUCAUGGACUCUGCCUACUUCUCUGACUACGACGCGGAGAACGAGAGGAGUCCCCAGGAUGAAGGGAGUAACUUCUUCUCCAGUCCAGGAGAUAAGAAGGACUUUGUGGGGCACACAGUCUCGAAACAGAGGAUAAGGUCGGCGAGGAGAGAUGAACUCCAACCACAGAUGGAGAGAGAGGACGGUUACCGUGACCUGACAGGAAACACAAACAGAAACACAAAUGGAGUGGUGGUGUUUGACACUACCACAGGUUCCUCUCCCUCCUCGGCCCCCGGCCCGCGCCUCUCCAUGCUGGCCCCCUUCCCCCCUCAGAUGGGGGGCUGUCUGGCCAAAGAGUCCGCCCCUGACGAUGCUGUAGGCCUGGAGUCUGAGCACAGCGGCGAGGAGCCGGCAUCUGGGUGCAGCUCCACCAUGGUGUCUGAGGGUUCCUCCACGGUACAGGAGGCUUCAGCCAGACACCCCGACCAGGAUAACCAUCACAGGGCCUCAGAGGAUGACUACUCCCCCAUCCAGUCCCUGGGCUCCGACUCUACCAUAGACUACAGAGAGGAGGUGAUGAAAGAGAAGGAGGAGGACGGGGAGGGAGAGCAGGGAUCUACUGAGGAGGACAUGCCAGAGUUUAAUCAGGUCGAUGAGGAUGGAGAGAGAGGAGAGAGAGGAGGAGAAGAGGAGGAGUAUGAGGAGUUAGAGGAGGAGGAGGAGGGCUACAGCAGACACCAGAACGGUCCUGUUGGCCUCCUCACCUCCUCUCCGUCGCUCCUCUCCUGCUCCCCCUCCCUCCAGGAGCUGUGUCGGGAGGUGGAGAGGCGAGCUCCUCUAACAGAGGGGGAGGAGUCAGACGACAGUGAGUCAGAAGAGGAGCUGCGGAGCUACAACCUGCAGGAGGAGCUGAGCGAGGAGGACAGUGAGGGGGAGGUGAUGGGGGUGCCAGUGGUGGUGAGCGAUAGUAGUGGGGCCAGAAACCUCCGCAGCCUCCUCAAGAUGCCUACGCUCCUCACACAGUCCUUCUGUGACGAGCUGGACAGGAAGAAGAAAGCCGUGUCCUUCUUUGAUGACGUCACCGUCUUCCUGUUCGACCAGGAGAGCCCCACAGGAGAGCUGGCUGACUUCACGUUUCCCCCAGGAGCAGAGUCCAGCGGCCAGGCCUCGGGCGGGGAGAACCCCCAACCGGACCUCCAGCCCCACCCCACCAUGGGCCACCACUACCACCCCACCAUGGGCCACCACCUCCACCCCCCGGACAGGGCACCACACGCCUCAGAGGACUCUGAUGGCAACAUGUCAGAAGAAGGUGGAGGGUUUGAGUGGGAGGAUGACAUCCCAUUGAUGACCAGCCCGUUGUCCAGCCCAUCUACAGCUGAGCCACCGGUCUCCGAUCCCAUCCCGGUCCCUGCUGCCAAGCCUCCCGAUGACAAGCCGGUAGCAGUAACAGCAGCAUCACAGUUCUCCCGUUUCAGCGUGUCCCGCUCCCGCUUCUCCAUCACACAUGUCCCCAAUCCAGACAUGAACUCAGCUGGAGGGACCAGUGAAGACGGAGAGAGGCAGUGAAAGAAGGAUUGAAGGGGUCUUCUCCAUGACAGGAGGGUGUAUACCUCUCCUAGUAUGACUACCAUGUGUUCAGACCUGGGAUCUCCAGCACCUGAUGACCCUGUAUGAGCCAAUGCCUCAUAUUGUAGUGACACAACAUCUACAUCCCAAAUGACAGCCUAUUCCCUAUGUGCCCUGGUCAACAAUUGUGGAAAACAUAGGGAACAGGGUGCCAUUUGGGAUGCAAAACAAACACCUUAAAUGGUUCCUUCUCUUACUUUGUAUUAUUACUCCAGAGAGAGACAGAGAGAUAGCUGUAGGAAUGAUGACAGAGUCCUGAGAGGACCACAACCAAGCAGAAUGUGACUGAUAAUAUAGAUGUAUUAGAGAUAUAUAACAUCUACACUUAUGACAAUUAAUAAUAACUUAUUUGCUCAAAUCACCAUUGACGUUCAUUAGCGACAAGUCAUUUGGGGAAAGGAAAAAGAGACAAGAAAAAUGACAGACUUGGUCUCAUUGCUGCUCUCUCAUUGGCUGCUUUGGUCCCCCAUCUGCUUGCUCAUUGGCUGGUUGGAUCUUCUGGAACAGUGUUACAGCGCUUCCCUGGAGCCAUUGAAUAACGUCUGAUGACUGCCCCACAGGAAGCUGCUGUCUGUGGGGGUUCAAAGAUGAAGAUAAACCCCCGCCCGACAGAGGAAUAGUGGUGGGGGUGCUGCGAAACUUACUGUGCCCCCUUGACAAAGCCACAGGAAUGUGGACGGUCUUGCUGAUGUUUUAGUUCAGGGAUAAAAAAGGUAUUAUUAUGAUGUUAUACCAUAGCAUUGUUGAAUAUGUGUUUCUGAUUGGCUUGAAGGGCAUUCUAGAGCGUGCAUUAUUUCCGUAUAACGCACGGUAUAUUUGCACGGUAGAAAGACUAUAGUUCGUUCUUACAUAUUAUAUGUUUGAGCUGCUUUUGAAAGCAAAAGUUCAAUUGAAAACAUUAUUGGCAUGUUUGAAUUCGAUUUUCAUGAUGGCGAGCUAGGACUGAUGGUUUGGUUAGCUAAACUAGCAAGUCUGUUUGCUUGGUUACCAAGGCAACCACUGUCGCUGUCUAGUAAACUUGCUAGCUACUUCAGUGGAUGUUAAACACAUUUCUACUUGCAAAUUAACACAUUUCUAGCAGCAAAUGUGUUAAAUUAUAGCCCUGGUAUAAAAGGAAUAAUCAACUUGGGGCUCUAUGCAUACUCUGGAAAAGUUGAAGGUCAGCUGGAACACACCUUCCACAUCGUUCAUUAUUUUCCAUAGAACACAUAGCUCUGGUUGAUUAUCCCUUACAUAACAGAUCAUUAGAACAAGAGCCCUGUUGAAAUGUAUGUAUGUUAUAAUAUAUAUGGCUCUGCUUACAACUUGGUAACACUGUUAUGUGUCUGUUUCACAGUUCUUUGUAACGUUAGUUACUCCUCCCCUUACAAAAAAAAGGCAGUUUUGAAACUGCAGUAAAAGUGCAGUAACUGCAGUCAACUGUGGUAUUUUGGAUGCAGUAAUUGCAGAAUAACUGCAGUUACACUGCCAAAUGACUGCAGUAAAAAGAAAAUGGUUAUUUUGGACACAGUAUUUGCAGCAAACUGCAGUUAUACUGCACUCUAAUGGCAAUAUUUUUUGGUAAGUGUCCUCUCUCUGGUCAAUGAAGACCUCCACAUCUGUUCAAAAUGCACUUCCUCUAUUAGAAUGAUUAGGCCAGUUGAGAAGCUCUAAAGUAGAUAUAUUUAGGGUAGAAGCGUGUACUGAACAAAACCUGAUAGAGUGCCAUUUCAGCCGAGCCUGUAGGAGCCUGUUAGUAGCACCACCUAUAGAUCAAUGUUGAAAAUACAUCUACUGUACCUGCAUUUACGUUUCAGGUCACCCCUGUGUUGGGUCUACAUGACUAAAAUAUAAGGCGGAGAACACUGUGUGUAAUGUUAAUGUAAUGGAUCUGUUACAGCAUAGAUCCAUGAGGGUCGUGUUCAUUAGGUAUGAAUAGGGUGAAAAAAGUACUGAAAUGAGGGUGAGACUAUCUGGACUUUAAAAUUAUAUAUAUAUUUAACUAGGCAAGUCAGUUAAGAACAAAUUCUUAUUUACAAUGAAAGCCUACCGAAGAACUGCCUUGUUCAGGGGCAGAACGACAGAUUUUAUCUUAUCAGCUCGGGGAUUCGAUUCAGCAACCUUUCGGUUACUGGCUCUAACCACUAGGCUACCUGCCGCCCACUUGUCCGACUUGUCCAAUAAGACAAGCUCAUUAACCUUUUUCAUUGCAAAACCUUUUCCGUUAAGUGCCCUAAUGAACGUGACCCAGGAUCCCUGUUUGUGUCUGUCCCUGGAAACUGAAGGGUCAGUUGGUAACAAAACAUUAUUAGUGUAUUAUAAUGCUCUAUAAAGGACGCUAUAAAGUAUUAUACAUUACUGUCUAGCCCAUGUAAUGAUUCAUACAGUAGCUUUGCUCACGUUUAAUUUAACCAGUGAUACAAUGAGUGGAAUGUGACGGAGGGAGAGAAAAGUGGGAUGAAUAGAAGAAAGAGAUUUGCAUCCUAAAAUGGCACCCUAUUCCCUUUAUAGUGCACUACUUUUGACCAGAACCCAAUGGGCCCUUUAUAGUAGACUACUUUCGACCAGGGCCCAUAGAGCAUUUGAGACGCCACCCAGGUGAAGCCACAGCCACACUGGUUUGGUCAUAAUAUCUCUUCUGGACGGUUUUCCUGGACACAGAUGAAUCGUAGUCCUGGACUAACAAAGACUUUCAAUAGAGAAUCACCAUUAAAAUAGGUUUUGAGACCAGGACUUAUUCUGUGUCUGGGAAACCAUCCCGGUAUGUUUAAAUGCAAGAGCAUCUUUCAAUUCAACUACAUGUCUAUACUAUAUCUGUCAUGAAGCUGUGAUUGUCACCGGUCUACCUACACCAUCUAAUGCAGGUCUAUUUUAUUACAUGUAAGAUAUGGUUAUCUGUACAGGUGUUCAAGGUGUACAGAAAUUGCAACAGGAACGGUUACAGAUUGACUCAUCUCACAUAAUAAUGUAUGAAUGUUAUCAACAUGUUUCAAGAUCAUUUGACUUGGUUUUACUACUGCUGUACCCUCCUCUCCUUCCGGGCCCAUGUGUCAAGCGUCUCAAAGCAGGAGUGCUGACUUAGGAUCAGUUUGGCCUUUUAGAUCGCAAUAAGAUCACACAGGCAGGACCUGAUCCUAGAUCAGUACUCAUUCUCUGAGACACUUGAUACAUACACCCCCCUGAUUCUCCUGAGUCACUAAAAGGGCCAAUUCUAUUUUCUCUCUCUCCGCCUGCCUUUUAAGUUUUUCACAUUCUGCAAGAAGAGAGACUUUUCCCCUAGUAUUUCUUAUCUACCAAUAUGAGUCUGUUUCUGAAAUGUCAUCAUAUUCUCUAUAUAGUGCACUAAGAAAAAUACUCAUAUUUGUGCACUAAAUAGGGAGUAGGGGCCAUUUCAGUCACAACUUUAACCUCUAUGGGAUCGGUGUUCCCCCCACAGGACGGUUGAGCUAAUGUGAUUAGCAUGACGUUUUAAGUAACAAGAACAUUUCCCACGACAUAGACAUAUCUGAUAUGGGCAGAAAGCUUAAAUUCCUGUUAAUCUAACUGCACUGUCUAAUUUACAGUACAGUGAAAGAAUACCAUGCUAUUCUUUGAGGAGAGUGCACAGUUAUGUAUCUGAAAAUGUAUCAAUAAACCAAUUAGACACAUUUGGCCAGACUUGAUACAACAUUUUGAACAGUAAUGCAAUGGUUUAUUGGAUCAGUCUAAAACUUUGCACAUACACUGCUGCCAUCGUAUUUCAGACACCACUUUAAAGUAAUCCACUGCAGCCAGAUUGUGGAGUUACUUACCUGCUCCUCUUUGCUCUCUGUAGAGCAUAAGUUCUCAACCAGUCCAUGCCGGCUUGUCUAAAUAGUGGCGGUGCGUAAAGAUUGCACUUACCACAAAUUCCUCUUUUUCCCUGUGUUUGCCGUAUUGUACAUUGCUCUUGUCAUUAGCACAAUAUACAAGAUCCCGAUUUUAGCUUCAAGGCGGCGGCCAUUUUGAAAAUCCUAAAAGGUAGAUUGCGCUGAUUUAAUGGCACACUAAAACAUGUCGCGCGCCAUAGUUUUCAAACACAGUGGAUAGUGCUAAAACAAUUGUCAUAUCUGAAUUCUGCCAUCUUUAUGCACGUUGGCCAUUUGCCAAAGAGAAAGGACAACAAUAACCAAUGGCUAAGCUAAAUAGACAAUUGAUAUUAGUAGGUGAGAUGGGUUGGUCCGUACACCAGUAGUAACACCAUCAUGGACCCCAGGAAGAGUAGCUGCUGCUUUUACAACAGCUAAUGGGGAUCCUAAUAAAAUACCAAAUACCAAAUCAUCAUCACUCUAUAGAUCCAUUCUAGCCUGGUCCCAGAUCUGCUGGUGCUCUUUCCAACUCAUUGUCAAGCUAAACAUUUGACAUAGCAAUUCCACAAGGUGUUGGUAAGAGAGCAGAAACCGACUGGCAUCCAGGCUAGUUCCAUUCCUCAAGGCCUAUGUCUCAGUUUCAUGGCUGUCGUGCUAAAGUAUAAUUCAAGACAAAUAAAUCAAGCCAGUUUUUUUCCC